AUGAGGGGGGCUUCCUGCCUUCGGGUCUUGCUCCUCCUGCUGCUGGGAGCUGCUGGGACAGGGACGCUGGAGUCUGCAGCCUGCGGGCAGCCCCAGGUGUCGAGUCGGAUCGUGGGGGGCCGGGACGCCCGGGACGGACAGUGGCCGUGGCAGGCGAGCAUCCAGCACCGCGGGGCGCACGUGUGCGGGGGCUCGCUCAUCGCCCCCCAGUGGGUGCUGACCGCAGCGCACUGCUUCCCCAGCUCUCAGAAGGCCCCCUUCCUCCCCCCAGUGCCGCUUCCAGCCUGGCGACCUCUGCAGGGUGUAAGGGUGCCGCUGCUGGACGCUCGCACCUGUGACCGUCUCUACCACGUGGGCACCGACGUGCCCCGCACGGAGCCCAUCGUGCUGCCGGGGAGCCUGUGUGCCGGCUACGUGCAGGGCCGCAAAGACGCCUGUCAGGGUGACUCUGGGGGACCCCUGACCUGCGUGAGAUCUGGGCGCUGGGUCCUGGUGGGCGUGGUGAGCUGGGGCAAGGGCUGCGCCCUGCCCAACCGUCCAGGGGUCUACACCAAUGUGGCUACUUACAGCCCCUGGAUUCAGGCCAGCCUUAGCCUCUAA